GCCAUCUGUUGACAGAAACAAUUUAGCUUCAGCAAGGCAAUCAUGGCUUCAAGCGAAUUCUAUCUCCGAUAUUACGUAGGACAUAAAGGAAAAUUUGGUCAUGAAUUUUUGGAGUUUGAGUUUCGUCCAGAUGGAAAGCUUCGUUAUGCCAACAAUUCAAACUACAAGAAUGAUGUCAUGAUCAGGAAAGAGGCCUAUGUACACAAGGCUGUGAUCGAGGAGUUGAAACGAAUCGUCGAUGAUUCCGAAGUGAUGCAGGAAGACGAUGCUCUAUGGCCGCCUCCAGACAGAGUAGGUCGACAGGAGCUAGAAAUUGUGAUGGGCGAUGAGCACAUCUCAUUUGCUACCACCAAGUUUGGUUCCUUGAUUGAUGUUAACAAUAGCAGAGAUGCUGAAGGCCUGCGCACAUUCUACUACCUAGUACAAGAUCUCAAGUGCCUAGUCUUUUCACUCAUUGGUUUACACUUCAAGAUCAAGCCAAUCUAAGAGGACAUUCCAGCAAUUGCUCAUUCCACAUUUGGAAAGGACACUUUUUUGUAUCUUGUAAAAUAAGUUUCAACUAGAAUUUGUGUGUUAGUGUAAGCCAAAUUGUUAGGGAGUUUGUAUCCAAGCCCCACGCCAAAUUGACCAGUAAGCCCGUCUGUCUGAAGGAAGGAUUCAUGAAAAGCAUGAACUGCAUCAACCUGUCCUGAAUAGCUUUGGUCUUUUGAUGGAUAAUGAUAUUUGGAGCAGUGUUCUGACAAUGGUCACUGAUGGAAAGAGUCCCCUCCAGAACUGACCAGACUGAAGUAUGCAGAUCAUCCACUUCAAGAGAACAGUAUUUGUUGUUUAAAUGCUUCAGAAGAAACUGUGAGGUGCUACAGAUCACAUCAAUCUCAUUACCAGGGUACCAUUUUCACGAAAGACGGAGAUCAGCAAUUUAGACGAAGUCUGAAGCAAAGUAUCUGUGGAAACAGUGGCUGAUCAAGCUCGGUUAGAUACAAUACUAUUUCACAGGCCAUGCAAUUGUUUGUGAACAAAAUGGUGCCCCUGUCCAAUGUAUUGUUUCUAAUCUGGCUAGAUCCACCUAUUGCAUGAGACACAUGGGCCCAUAUUCACAAAGGUGGUUUUGAAAACCCACG